CCUUCCUUGUUACCAAAUCAAGAGGGGCUGUUUUAUCUCAACACACAGUUCAGACUUGCGUUUCUCAUUUCAGUUCGGUCUACUCUCCCUGACGAGUGCGCUCCUGAAAGUCAGUUUGUUCCUCCGUUACUUUUCUUCUACAGAGAAUUAGAAAUAACAAGCAGCCAUGGAUGCCAUCAAGAAGAAAAUGCAGAUGCUGAAACUGGAUAAGGAGAAUGCUAUUGACAGGGCUGAGCAAUCCGAGACCGAAAAGAAAGUAUCAGAGGACAAGGUCAAACUGCUGGAAGAGGAGCUGCAGGCACUGCAGAAGAAGCUGAAAGGGACGGAAGACGAGCUGGAUAAGUACUCCGAAUCCCUGAAGGAUGCCCAGGAGAAGUUGGAACAAGCGGAGAAGAAGGCCGCCGAUGCCGAGUCAGAGGUGGCCUCUCUGAACCGUCGUAUCCAGCUGGUGGAGGAGGAGCUGGACCGAGCCCAGGAGCGUCUCGCCACCGCCCUUCUAAAACUCGAGGAGGCGGAGAAAGCAGCAGAUGAGAGCGAGAGAGGUAUGAAGGUUAUUGAGAACAGAGCAUCUAAGGAUGAGGAGAAAAUGGAGAUGCAGGAUUUGCAGCUGAAAGAAGCCAAACACAUUGCUGAGGAGGCUGACCGAAAAUACGAGGAGGUUGCUCGUAAGCUGGUCAUCCUGGAGGGUGAGCUGGAGAGAUCUGAAGAGCGUGCAGAAGUUGGGGAAGUUCGAGUAAGGCAGCUGGAAGAAGAGCUUAGAAUAAUGGACCAGAGUUUGAAAUCCCUGAUGUCCACAGAGGAAGAGUAUGCACAAAAGGAAGAUAAAUAUGAGGAUGAAGUCAGGGUCCUAACGGAUAAACUUAAAGAGGCUGAAACCCGUGCUGAGUUUGCUGAAAAAUCAGUAGCAAAACUUGAAAAGACAAUUGAUGACUUGGAAGAGAAACUGGCCCAUGCCAAGGAGGAGAACCUGGGCAUGCACCAGACUCUGGACCAGACUCUACUGGAGCUCAACAAUUUAUAAAGAGGGUGUUUUAACCUGGGAGGAGAUAAAGAAAAAACAAAACAAAAAGCUUUAGAAGUGAUGUAAGAUCCUCCUCUUCAUGCAUAAACGCUUCAAGACAUCGGCCAAAGUGAGAAACAUGGUGUUGGGUUUGUAAAUUCAAAUCACUUUGGGAUUGACGCAAAUGUGCAUUUCCAAAAAAAAAUUUAAAAAAAGGGGGGGGGGGGGGGGGUGUAAUUAAGUCUUAAUUUGUGAAAUAAAAAGGAAGCCCCCCCUCCAGACUAAUACUAUUGCCCUGAAAAAUAACAUCUGUCUCCCUGUUUCUGUAUUGAUUCUGUUCUCUCCUCCUCCUCUCUUAACAAGCUUUGAUGUUAAUUUAAAAGGAGGGCAUUUUGACUCCUUUCUUGCUUUCACUGUGCAAAAUCCAUAUACAGCUUAUUUUUUUCUUUUAAUAUCAAUUUAGUGAUUGCUGUUUUUUGAAACUGAAAAAUUGAUUAGAUAUAUUAGCAUUACGGUUGAUUUCCCCCUAAUAUGAACCUUUUUUGUUUUAGUUUCAACCAGUUCUACUUAAGUCGGGUGCAUUUUUACAGUAGUUACUUAACCUAACGUUUUAUUAAUUUAUUUUAAUUUGGACAGAACAAAAGGGGGAAACAAAAUCAAGUCAGACAGCAAGUCUACGGAUCUGAAAAGAGACACUAAAAAUGACACUAAAUCCCUUUAGUUUGAAAUGUUUAGGGUAGUUGGAUAGGGCUUUUACAGCUUCACAGAACAUCAAAGCUUGUUACUUCCAAACUUGAAAUGUCUUAAACUAUGAAAGAAAUGUCUUAAGACUGUUGAUGCUCACAUAGACACUGUUCCCCAGAUUUCAAAAUGUCUUAUUUCACCUAGGUUUUGUUCUGCUUCUUUUUAGUAGGUUUAGUAAUAAAAAAAAAUAAUCUGAAGGGAAAUUAUUUCUAAAAUGAAAAGAUAAACAUCACAUGAGCAUAAGGUUUUUAAUAAAUGAGGUUAAAGUCGACCAUUGUAUAGUCCUCUACUGUAGUACUUUCUACAUUGCAACAUCCUGAAAUAUAAUGUAUGCCCACAUAGACACACAUGUAUACAGCUUUCUCAAUGGGAUACUAUAUUGGCCUGGGUGUUGUCUUUUUAACAGUUUUCACUGCACCACAGCACUUUAAUACAGCAGGAAACAUUUUAAAAAUGAAAGAACACGCUUGUCUUAACCCAUUGUUCAAAAUGGCUCAUGUGAUAUUUUCUAUUAAACAUUCCUUUUUAGAAGGAUUUCCCCAGAGAAAAACUGCUUUAAAAAAAAAAAAAAAGUUUAGUCAAUGCCCAGUUGUGAAAGAAUGACAUUUAAAAACAUUUCUUCGGUUGUGAAAAAAUCCACGUCUGUUGCAGUAUUUUUUUUUUUUUUUAAAACUGUAAACACAUACAGGCAUUUACUUCUGAGACAUAGAGGCUUUCUCUUUCUUUAACAUCGGUUACUUUCUGCAGAGCCACCCCACACGUGUUUUAUGUUCGAAAAGGACCGCUGCAACAAACCUGUAUUCAUACUGAAAGGAAUCUUUAUUCUUUAAAACUGAGUUUCCCCGAGCUCCCUGUUGCCUGUCUGUGUAUCCUAUGCAAUUACCUGUGCAAGCUCUUUGCUACAAUUUAUUAAAAAAUGGAAUACAGCA